ACCGCAGGAGAAGGAGGGCUGGACCACAUCUAGUGACGGGUCCGAGCCGCGAGGUGUUGGCACAAGCAAGGGGAGCUUUCACAUACGGAUGAAAUCAGCGCAGAGAGGCUUAUUGUACAGUGGCAGCAGCUUGUAGGCAGUACUGUACAUCACUGCUUGGCACUGGGACCUUUCUCGUUGUGGAGUUACAGCAUCACAGGCUGCAAAUGUUUCCGGUCAAGCAGCCUUGGCUUUGCAAAGCCUUAGGUUGUUAUGAUUGCUGUGUCCGGUGCAUUGGGGCAGUGCCCUACCCGUCGCUGGUGGCCACCUUGCUGUGCUACGCCGGCAUGGCCCUAUUUUGUGGCUGUGGGCACGAAGCACUGUCCCAGACCGAAGUGCUCGUCGAGACUUACUUUGCCCGCAACAUUCAGGACUAUGUGGUCAUGGCGUCUUUCAUCAAGUACUUCCAGUAUGUGAUCUACGGUCUGGCGUCAUUUUUCUUCCUCUACGGCAUCCUGAUGCUGGCUGAGGGCUUCUACACUACGAGCGCCGUCAAGCAAACCUUCGGCGAGUUCAGGAGCACCCAGUGUGGCCGCUGCCUCAGCCUGACGUUUGUCAUAGUGACAUACAUCUUGGCCUUCAUCUGGCUGGCCGUGUUCGCCUUCACGGCCAUCCCGGUGUUCUUCCUGUUCAACAUGGAGCAGACCUGCCACAACAUCAACAUCCUGGCCGAAACCACAACCAGCAUCAAUCAGCAUGGCUGGAUUUGCAUGGACGCCAGACAGUAUGGUCUGCUUCCUUGGAACGCGAUGCCAGGCAAGGCCUGUGGAUUGACCUUGGCGUCUAUCUGUAAAGCCAGCGAAUUCUACGUGACCUAUGACUUGUACAUAGCGGCAUUUGCCGGAGCUGGGAUCACUCUGUUGGCACUGAUUCUGUUUCUCAUUGCCACCACCUACAACUACGCAGUGUUGCGGUUCCUCGGCAGUAAAGGCAUUCGUUAAAAGUGGCAGGACAUCCUUCCAACCCUCCCUCAUCAUCCGGCGUUUAGCUGGACGGUCGGCGCGUGCAACUCUCUUCCUCGGUGAAACAGCAAUUUUCAAACCUGAAUCAUCUGCAACUUUUUUUGAUGUCAAAUAACAGACAACUAUUUCUGGUCACUGCUUCGUAUGAACAACAGACAGAGAGAUGGAGAUAAUUCACACCUGGUAACGAGCUCCACAAGUCAUCCUCUCAGAUGACUCUCUUGGCUUUGUUGUUCGUCCUCUUUCUGUGGGUUGUAUUUUCUCAUUUUAUCCUUUCUGCGAGGCUUCCCUGGUGCUGAUUGUGAUGUAUGAUGUUUCAUGAAUAAUUAAGAGCAAUGACAGCUUGCUUGGCGAGUCAUAAUUGUGCUCAGCGUUGUACUGGAGCCCAUAUUCGUCCUGAAUCACCAUCUCGUGCAUCAACAUCGUGGAACUAAAAGUGACAUUGAAUGUGCCAGUUUCCCCUUUAAGCUUUUUGCCUCUCAGUACUUUUACAGUGCGUUUGUUCAUGAUCAAUUUAUGCUUUGUUUAAAUAAGACCAUACAAGGACGUGUUUUGGUUACUAGUUUUUAAAAAAAAGUUACUGCAGCAUCAAUGCUUCUGUAAAUGAUCUCCAGCUGACUAGUCAUGUGUGUGCUUAUUUGUAAUGAAGGCUUAAUAAACCAUUUAAAACUGUGGCAUUUAAUUGGAGUUUUAUU